AUGGCACUUGCACUUCCUAUAAUCGCAUCUGAGCUCCAUAUGACUUCCCUUGAAUCUGUUAUGGCUAUGUCCGUUUACUCACUUGCCACAGCCUUUGGUCCCUUACUUAUUGGUCCGCUAUCUGAAUUAUAUAGACGACGCGUUGUGUUACAUACCGCCAAAAUAUGGUUUCUGAUUUGGAAUAUUGUAUGUGGAUUUGCGCAAACGAAGGGGUUAUUGAUUGCUGCAAGAUUGAUGGCUGGUCUUGGUGCUAAUGCUAUUUAUGCAUCUUUGGGAAUCUAUUCUUUGUUACCACUUUUUGGUGCAGCUGCUGGUCCUAUUAUCGGAGGUUAUAUCACGGAAUAUACGACCUGGAGGUGGAUGUUUUGGUCAACAUCAACUUUUCAGGCAAUCUUGAUCGUGAUAUCGAUCCCUUUAUUUCGAGAAACCCAUGGUCCAACAAUUCUUCGGCAUAAAGCCAAAGAGCUCAGACGUAGUACCGGGAAUGCGCGUUAUUACACAGGGGAUGAGGCACUUGGAAAUGGAAGAUCAGUUUCCUGGGUAUUGAUGAGAAGUUUUUCUAGACCCAUUCGUUCACUUCUAUUCCAUCCGAUUACUCUAGUUCAGGCUUGUCUUUCGGCUCUCGAUUCUGGCAUCACCUAUAUUACUCUUUCCACCUACUCCGAUAUCUGGACUGUAGAAUACCACGAGUCUAUCUCCAAAAGUGGCCUUCACUAUCUUGCCAUGUGCCCCGGUGAAAUAGUGGGAGCACAAAUUGGAGGGCCAUUAUUAGACCUCGUUUUCCGCAGAAUGAAACAACGCACAAAUGGUGUUGAGAUGCCGGAAUUUCGGGUCCCGAUCAUAAUACCAUCAUUCAUCCUCAUACCCAUUGGAAUUUUAGUUUCUGGAUGGGCAGCUCAAAAGCAUGCACCUUGGAUCGUUGUUGACCUUGGAGCUUUUGGAUUAUGUUUUGGUAUGCAGAUUAGUGGACAAACAUUGCAAGCAUACGUUAUUGAUUCGUAUCCAUACCAUACAAGUUCAGCAUCUGCUGCAUCACAAUUUCUGUGUGGUUUAACUGCUUUUGGCUUUCCUUUGUUUCCGCCGAGGAUGUAUCAAGUGUUGGGGCAUGGGUGGGGAAAUAGCACAUUGGCGUUUAUUGCUAUCGCGAUUGGCAUACCAGCACCGUUGGGUAUAUGGUGGUACGGUCCAAGAUUAAGGGCGAAGGCUUUGUCGAGUUAUUGA